AUGGAUGAAAUGGUGGAUUCAGAAAUGGAUCAACAGAUAGAAGAUUAUCAACAUUCUGAACCCGAUAUCCUUUCGAGAGGAACCACUAGCAUCUCGCAGCCUAAUAAUAACCAUGCAAUGGUGGGAGAAUCUGAGAACACAACUAAUGCUGAUUCUCACUUUCUGCCAGAUGCUUAUGACAAUGCUAGGGUGUAUGGGGUUCCACAAUAUAAUGGUAUUCAGCCUCCACAUAAUCUUGAUACGGGUGUACCAGUUGCAACUAACUUAUAUUAUUCUAGCAUUAAUCCUCCUUCCAGUACUGGUGUUUUUCAUCCGCCUCAAAGUCAUAGAGCCAUUGAACAAUUGCCGGGUUCAAACACAUUUGAAGUUGCUGGAGGUUCUUCAAAUAAUUUUGGAAGAAGUUCUAGUUUCAUGAAUGAUGCUAGAGGUCCACAUAAAAGGAAAAUUCCUAAAGGAAUAAGAGGAAAUUCACAAGAUUUUAAUGCUUCGUCGUCUAGCUCUUCAACUGCUCCCCCUAAUGCAAGACAUGCCAAUGAUGUUGCUAUAAUGGAUAAUACACAAUUUCAUAUCCGUUCACUUGUGGAGGUAGGACCACACGGUAGUGAAUGGAGCCGGCCAAAUGAGUCUAUUAUGGUGCAUGAUCAUAAUCAUUUGAUCCAUGGAAAUUAUUUAGGGCAACACUUUCCGCCAAUAGCUCCUCCAUGGUUGUUCCAACAGUUGAAUAGUAACAAUAAUGAUGGCCAUGCUACACCCUGGAAUCAAUCUCUUCCAAUGCCUUGUGUGCAAGUGUCAGACAAAGUGCUCAAUUUUUUUCUUAAAAUUUGUUUGUUGGUUAUGAGUUUAGUUUGUCUGACUAUCUCUUCAUAUGCUUUUCCAGCACCCGCUAUAAACGGAAGUUCAUUAGAGAGUGUAAGUAUGGGAUUGCAGAGAUAUCAUGAUCCAGUUGGAAAUCGAAAUGGCCUUAGGUUUCCUUAUCAUGUUCCUGUCAACCAACAACACCAUAGUUAUCAUCACUCAACACUGCCCAUGCAAGGAGUAAGAGAUCAUAGUCUCAACUUCCACCCUACAGUAACUACAAAUUCAUUUAGGGUUCCAACAAAUCCUUUGCGUAAUGUUGCAAUCCCAACACAAGCUAGUUUUGAGAUGGGUCCUAGACAUGUUGGCCCUGCACCAUCAUCUAGCCUCCGAAUUUACCGACCUCAUAGAGGGGUUGUGCCUGAGACAACUCUCAGACAUCGAAGUCUUCCUCCCAUGGGCUUCCUUCGAGUUAAUGAUGUUGCUUUAAUUGAUGAAGUGGGAAAUUUGGUUGACAAUCACAGAGAUAUGCGCUUGGACAUAGAGGAUAUGUCUUAUGAGGAUCUCAUUGCUUUGGGUGAGAGAAUUGGCAAUGUAAACACAGGUUUAUCGGAGGAAACAAUUACAACUCAAUUGAAGACAAAAACUUAUUUAACGGGUGCUACUAGUAUUAAUAUGGAGGAGGAAGUUUGUGAUGAUCAGGGAACAUUUUCUUGUAUAAUAUGUCAGGAUGAAUUCAAGAACCAAGAGAAGAUUGGAGUUCUUCAAUGUGAGCAUGAAUAUCAUGCAGAUUGCUUAAGAACAUGGUUGGUGGUAAAAAAUGUUUGCCCCAUAUGCAAAUCUGAAGCUUUGAAAUCAACUUCUGUGUCUCCUCCUACCUAAUUUAUUUAUGAACAAAAUUCUUAUGAAUUUUGUACAUGUACUUGCACAUAUAUAGACGUCAUACUACCCAACUCAUUUGUUGUUAGCACCAUAACUUGUAUCUAUAAACCUGCAUUAUGUUUGGUGAAAUAACUUCAGGCG